CUGGGGGCGUGGACCCGCCCCCACCCCUGGUUACUGGUAUAAAACUGAAGCGCCAGGUUCUCUCAAAACUCUACGCGAGGCAGGCGGUAGGCGCACAACACUCCUUAGCUCUUCCAUUAAAGUGCCCGUCUAGGAGUCAAGAUGUACAGAACUACAAAGUACCCGAUGAUGCAGCCGCUGGUCAACUCAGGAAUGGGCAUGGCUCCUUUCUUCAAGGUGACUGUGUUCGAGCAGGAGCAUUUCCAGGGAAAGUGCUUGGAGUUCACUUCUGAGUGCUGCAACAUCCAGGAGUGUGGACUGGACAACAUUCGCUCCAUCAGGGUGGAGAGUGGAGCCUGGGUGGGGUUCGAGCACCAUGACUUCCAGGGCCAGCAGUUCAUCCUGGAGAGAGGCGAGUACCCUCACUGGGAUGCUUACAGUGGGUCCAUCUCCUACCACGUGGAGCGCCUCAUGUCCCUUCGUCCCAUCUACUGUGCUUCCCACCAGAGCAGUCGCAUGAUCAUUUUUGAGAAGGAGAACUUCAUGGGCCGCAGUGUGGAGGUCUGUGAUGACUACCCUUCUCUGCAAGGCAUGGGCUGGAUGAUGCCGGAGGUCGGCUCUAUGCACGUGCAGUGUGGAGCCUUUGUGUGCUACCAGUACCCCGGCUACAGAGGUCAGCAGUACAUCAUGGAGUGUGAGAGACACAGUGGAGACUACCAGCACUGGAGGAACUGGGGCUCUCACUGCCAGACCCCCCAGAUCCAGUCCAUCAGGCGUAUCCAGCACUGAGAGGAGGACCAAACUGAGGCCUGUGCUCAUAACACCCAGACCCCCCCACCCCCCCACCCCUCUCUCUCUCUCUUUAAUCCUCUCUUCCUCUUUACUUGACUGCCGCCCUGACCUGACAACACUUUCACUGAUUACAGCUGCUGCCAGAGUGUGAUAAGAGACAAUAUCGCACUGUUAAAGCACAGGGAAACACACUUCACACACAUGCUGACACUCUGUGUCUUUUUAUUUGGUUUGAAGGCCCCUACACAAUCACACACCUGUGCUGUACUCUGACCCACUCAACCAGAGGGAGGUAGACUCUGACCAUCCUCGGUGCAGCUCAGAUGUGUUGUGUAACUGUGAGCAGGAGCUUGAUCCUUAUAGGUUGAUGACUAAUAAACUCAUUUUCACUUCA